UACCUGCACUCAAGUCCUCAUUUUUUCUCCUCUUCUUCAACUUCAAGGGCUCCCUCUGUCCAUAUCUCUGAUCGACAUGCAUUCAUUCAAUUCUACAAACCCUAAAACCGAAAACUAACUUUAUGCUUCUUCUCCAAAUUACUUUACUGCUACUGGGUCAAGAUUGAACCCCUUCUUCUUCAUUCAUGGGAUACAUCGAUUCUUAUGCCACAAAUAAAUAGAAGGAACCAGGCCAGCGGUGAAGCAAACGUCUCUUAGAUUUUGCAUUAAGUGUUUGCAAACUGGUUUUUUUUUUUCAAAUGUAGUGGUGGAUAAGGGAGUUGGGAGCAGUUGUUUGACAAUGGUGAGGCGUCAUGGAUGGGAACUGCCGGCUCAUACAUUUCAGGUUGUGGCCAUUACUGUUUUCUUUUUGCUAUCGGUUGCAUAUUAUGCCUUCUUUGCUCCCUUUCUCGGAAAAGAUAUCUAUGAAUAUGUGGCUAUUGGUGUCUACUCUAUCGUGGCACUCUCUGUUCUCAUCCUCUAUGUUCGAUGCACUGCUAUCGAUCCUUGUGAUCCUGGAAUUCUUCUUGAAGCUGACAAGACACCAACUCGUAAAUCACACACUGAAAUGGAUCUGUCUGGGAAUGCAUCUUCUAUCGAAGAGCCUUGCAAGAUAAGAGUAAAGUAUGGAAGACAAUAUAAUAGGCAUCGUUCACAAUGGUGUUCCAAACUUGGAGGUUUCUUUUGUGCUUGUCUUGUAAAAGAAGAUUGCUGCAAAGAUGAAGACCUUUUGCAGCAACAAUCUGGAGAAGAAGACGCUUUAUUCUGCACAUUGUGUAAUGCAGAAGUGCGCAAAUUCAGCAAGCAUUGUAGAAGUUGUGAAAAAUGUGUUGAUGGAUUUGAUCAUCAUUGUCGAUGGUUGAAUAAUUGCGUGGGCAGGAAAAAUUACAUCAGUUUUGUGUGCUUGAUGGCAGCUAGCCUUGUUUGGCUUAUUGUUGAGUUUGGAGUUGGCAUUGCUGUCCUUGUGCGAUGUUUUACUGAUAGAAAGGGUACAGAAAGUGAGAUAACCGAGAAGCUUGGAGUUGGAUUCUCCCGCCCCCCCUUUGCUACUGUGGUGGCCAUCUGCACAGCUGUUUCUUUUCUUGCCUUUGUGCCUCUGGGCGAACUGUUCUUUUUCCAUAUAAUUUUGAUUAGAAAGGGCAUCACAACAUAUGAAUAUGUUGUUGCAAUGAGAACACAAAGUGAACCACCUGGACAGUCUGCAGAUGGUGGAGAUCAGCAGAGUAUGCCAUCAUCACCUACCAGUUCAGCUGUGACUGCCAUAAGUGGAAGAAGCUCUCGUGGAAAGAGCUUGCAAUACAAAGGUGCUUGGUGUACCCCACCAAGAAUCUUCAUGGAGCACCAGGAUGAAAUUGUCCCACAUUUGGACCCGGGCCGCUUACCAUCCACAGUAGAUCCAGAUGCUGUACAGCCACCAGACAAGGGUAAAAGAUUACCCCAACGUCCUGUCCGAAUUAGUGCAUGGAAACUUGCAAAAUUGGAUUCUAAUGAGGCAGUUAAAGCUGCUACCAAAGCUAGAGCAAGUUCAUCCAUCCUUCGUCCUAUAGGCGCUAGGCAACAUCCUUGCAGCGCUGAUCAAGUGUCUAGUAGUACUAUUAGUGGAAGAAGCAGUCCCAUUAGUACUGAUCACGGGUUUCGGACAAAAAAUGCUAGAGCAGGGAUAUUGAAUUCUUAUCCUUCAAGCCAUGCUAGCAGAGAAGACGCCGAAUCAUGUGCUCGAAGUGUUGAUGAAAUUAGCAGUGCUCAUCUCUCCAGCAUAACCCCCUCUCCAAUGGCACAGCAACAUUCAAAUAGAGAACAUUUCAACCCCAUGUAUGAAACGUCAGGCAAUCAAUCCCCUCUGUCAACAAAACAAAGUGAAGGGAAUGAACAUGCUGCUGGAUAUCCCAUCAGGAAAAAUUCUAGCUCGAUAGAAAGCUCCAAAACUUCAGUUUUUUGGGAUCCAGAAGCUGGACGCUUUGUCUCUUCCUCAUCCAGAAAUGCAGGCUCUUUGCAGGCUCCUGGAUCAGAGCUUUUGUAUAGUGGUCAAUCGAUAUUUUUUGGCAGUCCUCUUAUGAAUGAACUGGCUAACCGAGGAACGAGGAGUACUAGUUCAAUGUCUGUCGGGUUGGGUAGGGGUUCUACAUCGAGUCAUCAUUAUCAUCAGCAGGGUAGAUUGCAGAGAGGUGCCCAACUACCUGUGUUUGUUCCUACUGAUUCUCCCUCUCAACCAAAGCAAUUUCCAUGAGCACCCAAAUAAGGACAGUAAUAUGGUUUUGAAGUUAAAAUCUUCAUUUGAUUUUAAUUUAACUUGCCCGUGCAGCUUGUUCAUAUCUGCUACUGGGUGUAGGUUCCAGGCUUUUUUAAUGCAAUGUAUUAUUUCACAGGAAACGCAAACGAAUUAGCUUUACAAGAUCGAACAUUAGUUAGCAAUGCAUAAUGCAUUUCCAAGUCA